AUGCUCUUGUCCAACGCAAGCCUGCGAUUCUGCGCGAGCUUCAACAGCGCCCUGCACGCCGAGGAAGGGCACCUGGACCCGGGGGGCGGCUCUCAGCGCUCCACCCUCACUCCGACAGGGAAUCUCAUCGUUGCCGUGUGCUUGGGCUUCAUCGGCACUUUUGGACUUAUGAACAACUUGCUGGUGCUGGUCCUCUACUACCGCUACAAGAUACUGCGCUCGCCUAUCAACUUGCUCCUGAUGAACAUUUCCAUCAGCGACCUGCUGGUGUGCGUCCUGGGGACGCCGUUCAGUUUCGCGGCCAGCACGCAGGGAAGGUGGCUCAUUGGCACCAAGGGAUGCGUGUGGUACGGCUUUGCCAACUCUCUCUUUGGCAUUGUGUCCCUCAUCUCUUUGGCUGUCCUCUCCUAUGAGCGCUACAGCACCAUGAUGACCCCCACUGAAGCGGACUCAUCUAACUACUGCAAGAUCUGCCUGGGCAUCUCCCUCUCUUGGGUGUAUUCCCUCAUCUGGACUCUGCCUCCACUUUUUGGCUGGAGCCGCUAUGGUCCAGAAGGUCCAGGGACCACCUGUUCAGUGAACUGGAAAGCCAAGACUGCAAAUAACAUAUCUUACAUCAUUUGUCUGUUUAUCUUCUGCCUCAUUGUUCCACUGUUGGUGAUCGUGUUCUGCUAUGGAAAGCUGCUAUGCGCCAUCAGACAGGUGAGGGGGGUUAAUGUGUCGAUGAGCAGGAAACGGGAGCAGCGAGUCUUGUUCAUGGUGGUAAUCAUGGUGAUCUGCUACCUUUUGUGCUGGCUGCCUUAUGGUAUAAUGGCCCUUUUGGCCACUUUUGGACCACCUGGGCUCGUCACGCCUGAAGCAAGCAUCAUUCCUUCGGUCCUGGCAAAGACGAGCACAGUCAUCAACCCGGUGAUAUAUGUCUUCAUGAAUAAACAGUUUUACAGAUGCUUCCAAGCACUAUUACAUUGUGAGGAUCCUCGGCGAGGCUCCAGUGUGAAGAGCUCAUCAAAGGUCGCCACCAAGCCGAUGAGGGCCGGCGCAUUGACUGGUCCUCGUUGUACAAACGACUUUCUGAUCAUGGUAGCUUCACUAGGUCAGCCAGCUGCUGCAAUACCUCAACUGGAAGCUCCCCUCGAACCGACGUUUGACGUUACAAAGGCCGCUUCUUCAGACAUAAACCUACCUGUUGUUGUGUCCCUAGUGGACCACCUUAAUGGUUGA